GGAAGAGCGUUCCAUGUUCCGUAUGGAGUACCCCUGGUACUGAGCGAUGCUAGACAUCAGUGAUCAGAUCAUGAUUCGGUCAUUUCACCUCCUCAAUUCCCACGCCAUCUUUAGCAUUUUCGCCAAUGCAGAAGCUUACUGUUCUACUCACUUCAAUCUAUUACCAAAUAAAACCAAGGCCAUCAUGACCGCUGCUUCAAGACAAAGCCGCCAUAGGUCAAGAAGUUGCUCUUGCGACAGCUUGCCCACACCAAGGGCCCAGAAACCACCGCAGACGAUGUUGAUGUACAACUUGUGAUUAUAAAAAACUACAUCGACGACCUCGGACGCCGAGGAGCACGGAUGGACCGGACCGCAGUGCCUUAGCAAACAUGUGUCAAAUCGUCCUAGAAGGCGGCGGUGCCAAACACAAUCUCAAAGAGCGAGUUUUCAACACCAUCAUAUGGCAAGAGAAUCAAAUGCAUCUUGUUGGAUAUACUCUGGAACAUAUACUCAGCAAUGGUCUCAUUUCCUACAAUGUUGAUGAGAAGACUGCUAAAGAAGCACUGGCUGGCCAUAUUGAUAAAAUUGUGCUUCCUAUACUACACAGAUUCAAUGAAGUCCCUGAGAUAGAAGGCUUACAGAGUCCUCGUUGGGAGGAUGGAUACCUUGAUAUAUUCUCCCGGGAUGCUCUUCAACAGCUGGUCACGGUUUUGGCAUAUAACAAACUUCUCGAGCCGGUUCGUUUUGAUAUCAAAAAGGUCCAGGCUGCUAUUGUCAAGUUUCUUCGCGGCUCACCCGGGAGAGCAGAUAAAGGGAUGCAGUUUCAUUUCACUGAAGAAAGAGAAAAGGGAAGUAGUGAUAUUCAACGUCUUUACUACAAUAACAAUAACAACAACAACAACAACAACAAAAAAAAAAAAAAAAAAAAGACCGGGUAUGCACUGUACUGUAGACUUCCACUCGGCUCAUUACGAGCCAGAAGAUCAGACAUGCUUAAAUCGAGUCCUGUUUCAGAUUGUGUCCCGCGUCGUAAUACUUUAAAUACAGAGCACGGUUAAUUCCCGCUAUUCCUGGCGGGUUUACCUCAGGGGUUAUUUCGUGUCGCAUGUUCAGUCGGUUAGUCUGUCAAUCGGGAUAGUUAUUCAAGAUUACCCCUGGCUAUGCGCGCAUAAAAAGUUCCAUUACUGCGAGGGUUGACUUUGUAUCCCCCUAUGGCUUCCAGAAUGAUCGCGAUUAUCAAUAACAAAGGAGCCAAAGGACUUGAGUGAAACUUCCGCCCCGCAGAAAAAGGAAAACCAGAGGAAUGGAACAUAACCCAGACUGUUAAGGGCUGCCCGGCAAUAAUACAAGCCAUGGACAGAA